CAUCAUCAUCAUCAUCAUCAUCAUCAUCAUCAAGGAACUACCUAUCCCAACAAGCAACUACGCAACCCUCUCUUUUUCAAGCUCUUCCCCCUAGUUAAAAAAAAAAAAACCAAGCGACUAGACACCAUGUCCGACCUCCGCGCAGAUGAAAUCAAGCACGCAUUCGCCCUCUUCGACCCUCAGAACACCGGCAGGAUCGAACCCAGCGUCUUCCAGGACUUUGUCAACACUCUCGGCGACGAACAGCUCAAGGCAACGAUCCGCAUCCCGAGCCAUGCCCUCGACCUCCAACAGUUCACGGACCUCAUGAACCGCUACAACGAGGACGAGAAGAAGGAUCCCGAGGAACCCUACAAACGCGCGUUCGACUCGAUCAACAAGGACGGCUCCGGACAUGUCUCGACCCAGGAACUCAAGGCUGCCCUGGAUUCCUUCCUGGGACCUAAUACUCUCUCUGAGGCGGAUGUGGAUGAGAUCAUCACCGAGGGAGAUGUCUCGGGCGAUGGUCGGAUCACCGUCGAGGAGUUCCUGAAGAUUAUGCAGAAGAGCGAGAGCAGACAUCGUGGCGAGCUCGUCCUGUAAACUUUAUUCCCCCUCUCCCCCUGCACCCUGCACUCCUUCAAAAAAAAAAAAAAAUUCGUGGUCAAGCUAACGGCCUCAUACUCUUCCUCCGAUGAAGCCCCUAUCCUGUUCUGGAAGUGGAACCCAGAAGCAUCCGACCAUUGAACCCGACUUUUUCUCUCUCCCUUUUUGUACAAAGAAGAGAAGAUAAAAUAAAAUAAAGAUAAUAAACUUGUUACCCCC